UGUUGCGUUGCGCCAGCAGCAGCCAACAAUUUUGCGCAAUUCGCGUUUGCGGCGCUGUUCGAGGUUGUUGCCCCGGUUACACCUGUAUCGCUGUUGUGAAGUCGUGUCUUGGUUGACUUCUUAUCAUUUCUUCCUUACGCACAUUUGGCAUUGUAUAUCGGUAGCUACACCUCAGCACCUAGCAUCAAGACAAAAAUGUCUCUGAGAGACAACAUGACGACCUACGGGCCAUGGGUUGGUGCCGUCGUUGCUAUUGGCGUUGGUUACCUUGUUGUGAGGUCCUUGAAGAAGAAAAAUUCAGGAGUGGUCAACCUUAGUGUUGAUAAGGGCAACCCGAAAAUCGUGACUUCAGUCGACAUUGAAGACCUUGGAAACAAAGCAGUAUUCUGUCGUUGCUGGAGGUCGAAAAAGUUCCCAUAUUGUGACGGUUCUCACAACAAGCACAACGAUGAAUGUGGAGACAACGUUGGUCCGCUUAUUGUAAAACGCAAGGAAGCCUAAGAUGUGAACUAGAAGUAUUUAGUUUUAUUGUCAUUGGCUAUAGAAUAAAUAGUUUGAUUUCUA